AUGUGUGACAUGGGGGCACUCGAUAACCUGGUGGCCAAUACGGCCUACCUGAAAGCCCAAGGCGGGGACGACAAGGAAAUGAAGAAACGGCGCCGGAGCUUGGCCCUGCCCAAAGCCGAGCAGUGCGCGUCCAUCAGGGCGAGCGUGGAGAAGGACUUUGAGUCCAUUUGUGAACAGCAGCCCAUCGGACAGAAGCUUUUCAGGCAAUACCUGAGUAAUGCUUCACCUGAAUACGUGGUGGCUGCGGAGUUCCUAGAUGAACUGAACGACUGGAACCUGUCCGAAGGUGGUGCCAAGGACAAGGCCCGGACCAAUAUCAUCAACAAGUUCUGCAAAGAAGGAUCCAAGAGUUUCCUGUCCUACCUGACUGGAGAUGCGCUGGCAAAGUGCAAGGCUGUCUCGGACAAGGACUUUGAAGAAGUGAUGAUGGGCAAAGUGAAAGAUGCGACACGGGAGUUCCUCAAAGGCAAGCCCUUCACGGAUUACCAGGCCAGCCCUUUCUUCGACAAGUUUCUGCAGUGGAAGGAGUACGAGAAGCAGCCAAUCACUGAGAAAUACUUCUACGAGUUCAGGACGCUCGGAAAGGGUGGAUUUGGAGAGGUAUGUGCCGUGCAAGUCAAGAACACUGGCCAGAUGUAUGCCUGCAAGAAGCUGUGCAAGAAGCGUCUGAAGAAAAAGCAUGGUGAAAAAAUGGCUCUGCUGGAGAAGAAGAUCUUGGAAAAAGUCAACAGCCCUUUCAUAGUAAGCUUGGCCUACGCUUAUGACACCAAGACCCACCUGUGUUUGGUCAUGACCUUGAUGAAUGGCGGUGAUCUUAAGUACCACAUUUACAACAUCGGGGAGAAGGGUAUCGAGAUGGAACGGAUCAUUUACUACACCGCCCAGAUCGUUACUGGCAUCCAGCAUCUGCACGCCAUGGACAUCGUGUACCGUGACAUGAAGCCCGAGAACGUUCUCCUGGAUAGCCAGGGCCAGUGCCGUCUCUCUGACCUUGGUCUGGCUAUUGAGAUUCCAAAUGGAAAAACAUCCACCCAGAAGGCCGGUACCGGAGCUUACAUGGCCCCUGAGAUCCUGACCGAAGUCCCAUACCGGACGUCAGUGGACUGGUGGGCUCUGGGGGUCAGUAUCUAUGAGAUGGUGGCUGGCUACACCCCCUUCAAAGGUCCUGACGCCAAGAAGGAGAAGGUGGAGAAGGAGGAGGUUCAGAGGCGCAUCAUCAAUGAGGAGCCCAAGUUUGAGCACAAGAACUUCAACGCUGCCACCAAAGACAUCAUCCAGCAGUUCCUCAAGAAGAAGGUAGACGAACGCCUUGGCUGCAAGGGUGACGACCCCAGGAAGCACGAGUGGUUCAAGUCCAUCAACUUCCCUCGUCUGGAGGCCGGCCUCAUCACUCCGCCCUGGCAGCCAAAGCCCAACGUCGUCUACGCUAAGGACACUGGCGACAUCGCCGAGUUCUCCGACAUCAGGGGGAUCGAGUUCGAUGCGAAGGAUGAGAAGUUCUUCAAAGAGUUCAGCACAGGAGCCGUGCCCAUCCCCUGGCAGGAAGAGAUGAUUAACACGGGACUCUUCGACGAGCUCAACGACCCAAACCGGAAAGAGUCCUCGGCUGGCCUGGACGGCGACCAGAAGUCAGGAACCUGCACGCUGCUGUAA